AUGUCUAAAACCGUUUUUAUUACUGGUGCCACUGGCUAUAUUGGAGGACAAGUUCUCUAUGAACUUUUAAGCUCACCAAUUGACUUUAAAAUCAAUGCGUUGGUUCGGACUCAGGCUAAGGCAGAUUUGCUAGUUAAAAGGACUAAUGGAAAAGUAAACCCUGUUCUUGGAAACUUGGAUGAUCUUUCCAUUAUCAAGGAACAAGUUAGUGCAAGUGAUAUUGUGAUCAACACUGCAAACGUUGAUCAUGUUCCAAGUGCAGAAAUCUUAGCAGAUGCUUUAAUUGCAAAGCAAUCUGAAACAAUUUUGAUUCACACCUCUGGUACCUCAGUCAUUGGUGACGCAGUUACAGAGAAGAACUCUGCUUCCACCAAGGUGUACUCUGACAUUUACAACAUUGAUGAGAUCAAUUCAUUACCAUUGGAACAGCCACAUAGACCGGUCGACAAGAUAGUCUUGGAAAUUGAAGAAAAGAACCCUAAGACUAAGGUUGCUAUUGUCAGCCCAUCUAACAUUGUAGGUGUUUCAAACGGUUAUGACAAUACUAUUUCCAUUCAGAUCCCAUUUUUGAUCAGAAAUUCUAUCAAGAACAAGAAGACUUGGUCUGUUUACUCUGGAGAUUAUAUUUGGUCACACAUUCACAUCAAAGACUUAGGUGAAAUCUAUGCACUCAUUUUGAAUGGGUUUUUGGAAAAGAAAGACAUCCCUCACGGAAGAAAUGGUUACUAUUUCGGCUCUUAUGGUGGCUUAAAGGACGAAAAAGUCACUACUAAGCCCUCCGAAAUUGAGCACACCUGGAGACUGGUUUCUGAUAGAGUUGCAGAAUUGCUAUACGAAAAGAAAAUUGUGCCAACUAAGGAAGUCGCCGAAUUGAACUAUGAAGAAAUUGUUCAAUUGACUGGAGACGAGUUUGGGCCAAAAUAUAUCGGGACCAACUCAAGAUCAAGAGGUGACAAUGCCGUUAAAAUUGGAUUUAAGCCUAAGUAUUCAAGCAUAGAAGACUACUGGAAAAGAGUAGAGGAAGAUGUCGAAUAUGUCUUAAAAGAAUAA